ACAAAACAUUGUUCCUGGGCCUACCUCAUGUCUUAGGUACCCUUACCGCGCUUCGACGCCCCCCUGGAACUAUUUCGUCACCGCCGUACGCCAACUGGGCCUGACGGACCCCGCUCUCCAUCAACCUCAACCUCAACUCAACCUUCGACUCAACUUAAACGAAGACACGUCUCUGUCCAUCCCUCACAAUCUCCGUGGGACGAUUCACUAUCGACUGGUGUGUCUUCUUGCAGCUUUCGUUGACAGAUUUCCUCUCGACACCACCCCUCGACGGCCCCUGUCAACAGUGCAUCCCAGCUGCAUCUCCCUCGAGCUUAUUUGACUCUGCGGUCUCUCUAGCUCUUGGCCGGCUUCGUACUGUAGCUGUCCCCGCUACCGCCCCCAAACCAUCCUCUUACGACCCGCCUCUUACUCCCGUUCUUACCACGCACUUCGAACCGUACACAUAGAUCGGGUCGCAUUGCAAGCGGCCAGCCGGUUAUCGUCCUCAAUAUUCAGGGACUUGAUCUGUCUCUUCCUCAGCCUUGUCAUUCCGCCCGGCAUCUCCUGCAUCCCUUAGCUGCAUCUGUGCGACCGCCAACUUCGAGCUCCAGCAGACAUCUCCACGCUCAGCUGCAUAUUGGCCACAUAGCUUUCUUCUCACUCACCUCGAUCCGUAGUCCUAUCCGAUCGCGCCACUACGCUAUUCGCCCUUUAGCUGUUGCCUGCCAUGGCACAGUCUCCGAUGAUCUCGGUACCCCUCAAGGCUACCAACGAGAUUGACUGGAUUGAGCCUCUGAAGGGCUAUAUCCGCGAUACCUAUGGCGAUGAUCCAGAACGCUAUGCAGAGGAGUGCGCGACACUGAAUCGCUUGAGACAAGAUGUGCGGGGCGCUGGAAAGGAUAGCACUUCUGGACGAGAUAUGCUUUAUCGCUACUAUGGGCAGCUUGAGCUUCUUGACUUACGAUUUCCUGUUGAUGAGCAGCACAUCAAGAUAUCCUUUACAUGGUUCGACGCAUUCACACACAAAUCUACCGCGCAAUAUUCACUCGCCUUCGAGAAAGCCUCUAUCAUCUUCAACAUCUCUGCUGUUCUCUCCUGUCACGCUGCUGCUCAAGACCGCGCCGAAGAGUCCGCUCUCAAGACUGCCUACCACAACUUUCAGGCUUCAGCUGGCAUGUUCACUUACAUCAACGAGAACUUCCUCCAUGCGCCAUCAUCCGACCUUAGCAGAGAGACUGUCAAGGCACUGAUUCAUAUCAUGCUCGCACAGGCUCAGGAAGUAUUUCUUGAAAAGCAAAUUGCUGAUAAGAAGAAGAUUGGGCUGCUCGCGAAGUUGGCUGCCCAGGCUGGCUAUCUAUAUGGCCAGGCCCUUGAAGGUGUACAGGAAAAUGUGAACAAGGCUAUUUUUGAGAAAGUGUGGCUGUUGAUGAUACAGGUAGAUUCACCCGUCACCAUGCAACAUGGCUUAUCUUUGGUGUUGUUUAUUCGCUAACGGCACCAGAUCAAAACUAACCUGCUGAACUCUAUGGCACAAUACUAUCAAGCCUUAGCGGAUGAUGAGGCUAACCAGCAUGGUAUCGCUGCUGGAAGACUGCAAGUUGCCGAGGCCCAAGCAAAGGAAGCUGAGCGCAUUGCCAGGAACUUUCCUAGCUCGGUUCCCAUGAGCUCGAACCUGAGUGCCGACUGUGGAGGAUUUCUUCAGGAAAUUACGAAACGACAUCACUCGACAGUGCAAACUCAGCUGCAAAGUGCUUUAAGGGAUAAUGACUAUGUGUACCAUCAAGAAGUGCCCGCUGAGGCCAGCCUGGAAGCCGUCGCCAAACUGCCAGCCGCAAAGCCAAUUCCUGUCAGCGAGCUAUAUGCUGGCCAAGACAUUCAACGUAUCACUGGGCCUGACCUUUUCGCUAAAAUUGUGCCGUUUGCUGUUACGGAGUCUGCUAGCUUAUAUGAUGAAGAGAAAGCCAAGCUUGUACGAGCUGAGGCAGAACGGGUGGAAACGGCCAAUGAUGAAAUGGCAGCCAGCCUGGAUUAUUUGAGGCUGCCAGGAGCAUUGCAAGUGCUCAAGGGUGGAUUCGACCAGGAUAUCCUGCCUGAUGAGGACUUCCGGCAGUGGUGCGCUGAUGUUUCUGACCAAGACAACCCGGUAGCCUUGUUCGAUUCGCUCCGGUCCGAGAAGGAUUCCAUCCUCAUGAUCCUGGAUAAGAGCACGAAGCAACUCGAUAUGGAGGAAGGUGUAUGUGAAAAAAUGCGAUCCAAGUAUGAAAACGACUGGACACAGCAGCCAAGCUCGAGACUCACAACAACAUUACGGGGCGAUAUUCGCCAUUACCGCGAGGCUCUAGAUGAGGCAUCAAGGAGUGACAACCAGCUAGCGGGUAAACUUCGACAGAACGAAAUGGAUUUUGAUGAAAUGCGACGGGCUGCUCAGUCAGGAGAAGUCGACCAGCUGUUCCAACGUGCCGUUGCACAAGCGCGAGCAAGGGGAAGUAACGCAACAAGCCCAGCUGGCAUCGAGCCGAAUCUUCUGGAUGACGACUUUGAAGAGGGUCCUAGUGUUGUGGAUCAGAUCAACAGGGUUGAGGAUAUUCUCAAGAAACUCAACCUUAUCAAGCGAGAACGAAACCAGGUGCUGAAGGAUUUGAAGGAGAAGGCUCACAACGACGAUAUUUCCCAGAUUCUCAUAUUGAAUAAGAAGUCUAUAUCUAAUUAUGAGACGCAGCUUUUCGAGCAAGAGCUGGAAAAGUUCCGGCCUCAUCAGAACCGACUUUUGCAAGCCAACCACAAGCAGUCGGCUUUGAUGAAGGAGCUCACGAACACGUUCAACAGAUUAUUGCAGGAUAAGCGAGUUCAAUCGGAACAGAGCAAAUAUGAGGCAAUCCAGCGGCAGCGAUCAUCAGUCAUCAACCGAUAUAAGCGCGCAUACCAGGAAUUCCUGGACCUUGUCGCAGGCUUACAGAGCGCCAAAAAUUGGUAUACUGAGAUGCGCGAGACAGUAGAGAGCUUGGAGAAGAACGUUGACAGCUUUGUCAACAACCGUAGAUCAGAGGGCGCGCAGCUACUCAACCAAAUUGAGCAGGAGCGGUCAUCGAGCAAGAACUCGCAAGCCGAGAUGGAGCGAGAGAGACUCAGGGGUCUCAUGGACCGAAUGUCGAUAGACCCUUCCAAGUCAUCGCCACAGCCUCAGACGCAAAAUCGGCCAACACCCCCCUCGCAGUAUCAACAGGGACAGAAUCCGCGAUAUCCGCAAACCAAUUAUCAAGGCCAGUAUCAGGCGCCGAACUCACCUCCGGCGCAGCAACAGACCCUGGCUCAACAACAAGCAUACCAGAACUUUUCUCCGCCACCAACAACACAAUCGUUCGGACCUCCUCCUAUCAACACCUUUGUGCAGCCUACAUAUAAUCCAAGUCAGUAUGGACGCACACCGGGACCUACGUCGCCUCCUCCGAAUCAAACGUCGUUCAACAUUGGAGGCUACCGGGGCCCUGCAUCACCGCCUCCUAACCAGACAACGUUCGGACAAACUCAAUCAUUUGGAGGAUACGGAGCUUCAGCUACACCGCAGACACAGGGAGGCUAUGUGCCACCUGGAUUCGUGCCACCUCCGCCACCCCCUGGGCCACCACCGCUUGGACCUCAGCAGACAUUCCAUUAUGGAAAUCAACCUAACAGCGCGCACCCAAAUAGUGCUUAUCCACAGAGUGCGCAUCCUCAAUCAGCAGCCCCUCAGCAGCAGCAGCAAAAUGAUCCUUGGGCAGGGCUGAAUGCAUGGAAGUAAUUAGGAAGUGAAGACGAGUCUUCGGGUUCAGGGGCUGGCUGUGUGGGGAUCCUCUUCAAACGACAUAAGGGGCUGGGGGUGACAUAGUAGUAAACAGACGAGUAUUAUGCUUGUCGAUGAGUUUUGAGAUACAUUUGGCUAUGAUGCAUUCGUCUGACCUCAAGAGAAGGGAUACGGUGAUGGAAGGAAAAGCGACUGUGUUCAAGCAUUGCAGCUAUGAGAGCUGAGUGGAAGAAUACGACAUUGCGAAGAAUUGCCAACAAUAUUUGUUUCAUCUUGUAAGGUUAUCUGAGCUUAGACUCGCCACACUUUAAACCGAGGUUGUGGUUGCGGUGAAAUGAGGCUAAAAAGCCCCCACCCAGGCACCCCGCAUGCCUUUACCCCGAUUGCCCGAGCUGUUUAAC